UUGGCAUCCCAUUGCUCAUUCAUUCACAACUUUACAAUGAAACCAAAGGCCAUCCCCCAAACUGAUGUAUUCUACAAACCGCCAUGGUCGCGGCCAAUUGAGCUUCUUGUCUUAGUAAAAUUGGAUUGUGCUCGAACAGCUGGAAAAUGGGUGCCCGGAGAUGAUGUUGGCAAUCAGGCGGUGAUUGACAGUGUUUGUGAUGAGUUAACAGAUCACCCAUUCUUGUUGCAGAUUUAUAAACAACAGUAUCAUCAAAAGGUUAUGGAAUGGUGGUGUAGAUUUUAUCGUUUCCACGCGUUGUUGAAAGAUGAAAGAACUUGGUUUUGCUCAGACACAAAGCGUAUUUUUGCUAGUGAAUUAUCUUGGCAAGCAAUUGCAGUUGAAAAUCCGAAAGAUUUAUGUUACAUGGAAGAAGGUGAAGCAAAUUGGGAUAUAUUAUAUCGUCUAUUCUACGAGACAUUGAUAUACUCUGAUUCUGACGAAGACUAGGAGGCAAGAAGUUUUUAGUAUGAAAGACAACUGCUAAUAGUACUCAGUUUCAAUUUGGUUUUGUUUCUUUUGUUCUAAAUAUUAUGGAUGCUAUGGCAGAUGUUUUCCUUCUUUUGAAAGCAUGUACUUAGUGUUAUUAA